AUGGCCGCAGUUCAAGAACUCGCAGAGAGAGCCAAGAUGGACACCAUUUACAUCGAUACAGAUGCCGGAGCCGACGACGAAUCCGCAACGGGCGCAGAGAGUAAGCCCUACAAGUCUUUGGCCCACGCAUACAUUCAACACAAGGGCAGUGAGGGGAAACAAUACCGAUCGCGCGCCUCAAUAACUGGUCCAGUCAGCGCAGAUGGUGAUCCAGCAGAGCGAUUGAUAUGGAAGGAGCCUGCCAAAUCUGCAGUCAAGAAAGCCCAAGGCGCAUUAGACGCAUACAAAAAGAAGGUGUUGAAACAGCAGCAACAAGCAGCACAAGAGGAAGAGAAGGAGAAGUCACGGCUGAAGACGCUCGAGGAUGCCAAGAAGAUUGUCCUCACCGAAGACCCAUCCCUCCCAAAGGCCGUCAAGAUUACAAUUGGCGACAAGAACGUUGAUUUGGGCGAAGGAGAUGUAAAGGGAACUCGAGUGAAGGUGUCUGGUCGCAUACAUCGAUUACGAGAGCAAAAGCAAGCUACCUUCCUCACAUUGAUCGAUGGAUAUGGCCAUCUACAAUGUGUCCUCGCCGGUGACCUCACGAAAACCUACGAUGCCCUUACCUUUGCCCAAGGCACCUCUUUGACCGUCUACGGCGAAAUGCGCAAGGUACUCGCCGGUCAACAAGCCCCUGACAACCGAGAACUUCAUGUCGAUUACUACAAGGUCAUUGGUCGAAGUCCUUCAGAUGCUGAAGCUAUUACCAACAGAGUUUCGAAGGGGCAGGAUCAAUGGGAGUCAUCUAUGUUGGACAACCGCCAUCUGGUUCUCCGUGGAGACACCGCUUCUUCAGUCAUGAAAGUCCGGUCUGCAGUUGAAUGGGCAUUCUCAAAGACAUACAUGGAGAUGAAGUUUACCAAAAUUAGCCCUCCGGCUUUCGUGCAAACACAAGUCGAGGGGGGUUCAACACUGUUUGAACUGGAUUACUAUGGUGACAAGACAUAUCUGACUCAAUCAUCUCAACUCUAUCUUGAGACCGCUAUUCCUAGCUUGGGUAACGUCUACUGCAUUGAGAAGUCAUUCCGAGCUGAGAAAUCUUUGACCCGAAGACAUUUAUCUGAAUAUACCCACGUUGAGGCCGAGUUGGAUUUCAUUGACUUUGAGGAUUUGCUUGACCAUUUGGAAGAGGUGAUCAGCAGGGUAUGCACCACUAUCUUGGCCGAUCCAGUAAUUGCUGGCUACAUCAAGGAGCUCAACCCCGAGUUCAAGGCCCCUUCCAGACCAUUCAAGCGCAUGCGAUACUCCGAUGCCAUUGACUGGCUCAACGCUCAAGAUCCCCCAAUCCUCAACGAAGAAGGCAACCCCCACGUGUUCGGCGAUGAUAUUGCUGAAGCUGCUGAGCGAAGAAUGACCGACUUGAUCAACUUGCCCAUUCUCUUGACUCACUUCCCAGUCGAGAUCAAGGCAUUCUACAUGAAGAAGGAAGAGGCUGAUCGCCGGGUCACAGAGAGUGUCGACGUGCUAAUGCCAGGUGUUGGUGAAAUCGUUGGUGGCUCGUUGAGAAUGGAUGAUUACGAUGAGUUAAUGGAGGCGUACAAGCGCGAGGGCAUCUCACCCAAGGAGUACUACUGGUACACAGAACAGCGGAAGUAA